GGAUCCUGGACUCGGGCCGCGGCGCGCUGGCGGGCGCGUGGCCUGGCGCGCGAUGAGCGGGGCCGGCGGGGCGCGGGAGGCGGCGGGCGCGGCGCGGGGGCUGCGCGUGGACGGGCUGCCCCCGCUGCCCAAGAGCCUGAGCGGGCUGCUGCACUCGGCGGCGGGCGGCGCGGCGGGCGGCUGGCGGCACCUGGAGCGGCUGUACGCGCAGAAGUCGCGCAUCCAGGACGAGCUGAGCCGCGGCGGCGCGGGCGGCGGCGGGGCCCGGAGCGCGGCGCUGCCCCCCAAGCCGCCCAACCUGGACGCCGCGCUCGCCCUGCUGCGCAAGGAGAUGGUCGGCCUCCGACAGCUGGACAUGUCCUUGCUCUGCCAGCUGUACAGCCUCUACGAGUCCAUCCAGGAAUACAAGGGGGCGUGCCAGGCGGCCUCCAGCCCCGACGGCACCUACGCCCUGGAGAACGGCUUCUUCGAGGAGGAGGAGGAGUUCUUCCAGGAUCCUAGCUCGCUCCUUGACGGGAGGCAGCGGGGCCCGCCCAGGGACCCGAGGGACCCGGCCCUGCCCUCAGGGGCCCUCUCCGGCAGCGACUGGAUUCUGGAGUCCAUCUAAGACGGUCUCUGGAGGGACCCGCCCAUCCUGGGCCCAGGGCCAGCAUUUUGCUUCUCUGGCAAGGAGGCACCUCUGCUCCUGCCUGCGUUGCGGGUGGUCCCCAGGCACCUGGGACCAGUGGCCAGUUCCAUAGGCAGGGACACCUGGUGGCCGUCGGUGUUGAUGGUGGGGUUUCUGCUCAGGUGGUUAGGAGGUGCCUGGCGGCAUCCUUGACACCCGGGGAUGGGCCAUUCCUGCCAGGACUCGGGGUGAGCAUGUGACGGAGGGUCCCAGCGAAGACGCUCACGGUGUUUCCUGCGAGAGGACUCCGAGCCGGGGAGGCCUGACAGCUGGGGAAUGGUCCGCGCCCUCCAUCCGGGGUUUGUGGGAUUCGCCGGCGAGCGAUGUAUCGGAACUGACACUUCACGGCGCCCUUCCUUCCUUCCCGGCCUCUUUGGCAGCCUUUUCUGCUGUUUUGGGAGCUUCUGAGCCUCUUGGCGGAGCUUUAUUUCUCUGUCGGCUGUGUCACUGACCGUCCGGGUGACUCAGUGACAGCUCAUUACUGACAAAGCAAGCAUUGCAGGUCACACCGGCCACUGCAUUCUCUUGUGGAAAUUCGUCUCACUCUGUGCCCGUCAGCUAGAGGAGGAAAGAGGAGGACGGGAGGGUCUGCCGAUGGGGAACUGGGCUCCUGUCUUGUGUCAUGUGCUGUCGGGGGGCAGAUGUUUCUGUUUGGAAAGAUCCUGGAUGUUCACUGGGAUCUGAGAAAGCGGACCCCCCCUUCACUCAGAACAGAGAUCACCUCGAGCCUUAAUCUAUUUAUUCAAAGCCUUUAUGAACACGUUACACUUUGUAGAUUAAAAUGAUAAAAUACGUUGAACUCU